UCUCUGGAAAGGCCCAUGAGGUCCGCCUCGGAACAUGAUAAAGUGGAGGGUUUUCCUGUCCACUUUGCUCUGAAUCUUGUAUUGGUGAGCAGUGAAUCGAGGAGCAAGGUUUUGCUUGCAAUGGCGAGAUCGACGAGCAAGGACGCCCAAGCUCUUUUGCACUCUUUCCGUUCUGCUUAUGCAGCUACCCCCACUAAUCUCAAGAUCAUCGAUCUCUAUGUUGGUUUCGCUGUCUUCACUGCUCUCAUCCAGAUAGCUUACAUCGCCAUAGUUGGUUCAUUUCCAUUCAACGCAUUUCUUUCCGGCCUACUUUCUUGCAUAGGGACGGCAGUCCUUGCUGUUUGUCUUCGCAUCCAAGUGAACAGAGAAAACAAGGAAUUCAAGGAUUUCUCAAAAAUAUAUAAUUCCCAUCCCUCUUUGCCCCACUCCCAUCCUGCACCUUUCCGCUCUAGCACCCCCUGAAAGAUGCAAAAUUGGAGUAAAUACAAGUGACUUGCCGCCGGAGCGUGCUUUUGCAGAUUUUGUUCUGUGCAAUUUGGUGCUUCAUUUGGUUAUUAUGAAUUUCCUGGGAUAAAUUGCCAUCUUUGGGCGUUCUAUAAUCCUCUUAUUGAACUUCUAUAACUAGAGACGCCCAUGAAGUAGGUUUUCUUUCCCGUGAUUCUGCAGCAAUUUUUGUUAGUUUGUAACUUCUGGAGCAUACUUAUUUAUGAAAAAUGGAUUUAUAUCAGAAA